AUGUCUGACCUCAUUUCUCUUCCAGACGGUCAAGAGUUCCUUCUCUAUCGCUGUGGUCGACAGCCAGUGUGUAUAAAGAAGCUAAGUUGGGAGUACCUAGUCCAAAGUAAGACUUACGAGGGAAAACCGGGUGAUGCCAAGAAGAUCCUCACCGAAACGGUACGCCUGGGUCUCCAACAUGAGGGACUCGAAGAGGAAGCUGUCACUAGGCUCGUAAACUGUUUAUGGAAAAAGAAAGCGAUUCAAAAAAAAUUCAAGGAGAUAGCCAGUGACGUUAAGACGUCUAUAAAACGUAACAAGGGGGCUAGUAUUAUCUUGGAUAGCCGAGUUUCUGCAAGUAGUUCAGAAGCGGUCGACUAUAACCAACUAGUCGAUUACAACCAACCACUACCACCACCUCUUUCUUAUGGUUAUCCACCAACCAUCGGACCAAACUUUGAUCUGCGUGUUCUGGUGUUGGUAUUAUUAAUAAUAUUAUGUCAGAAUGGUGUUGUCAUACCUGAAGUUUACGUAGACAUUAAUCAACAAGUAGACAACGACGCUCCACUCCCAUCCGAACAGGAUGAUGUUAAUAUGGUCGAUGACGAAUCCAGAGAUGGGCAGUCAUAA